AUGGAGCACAACAGCGAGUGGACGGGGAGGCUGGCAGCUACGAAAGGCAUCAAGGUUCCCCGCCGGGAUUUCCUGAAAAUCAACGUUAGAAGCACCUGCGACGACAUCAUAAACUACGUGCUGGAGCGGGUCGCACCACCUCGUCCAGGUCUGCCCCGACCCCGAUUCUCCCUCUACCUGUCCUCCCAGCUUCAGUAUGGUGUCGUUGUGGUCUACCACCGGCAGUGUGCUAUUCUUCUGGAGGAACUUCAGUCCAUUGUGGGACAGCUGGUCAAACAGAGAACCUCACAGAAAAUUGAUAUGGAUGACCACAGCAGACCAUCUCUGGUCCUGCCAGAUGUCCUGACUCUGCUGGAGGAGACAGACGGAGCUCCUGACCCUUUAUUUGGAGUGAUGCAGCUGCAGGAUGCCAUGCCCAGCCCCAGUACACUAAUACAGAUGAGUUGGGAGUAUCUGAGAGAAGCUUCUCCUGAGCAUCCUGAACUGAUCAGUCCAGCUGCUGCACUGGAAAACGGAGAUUUGGAGAUACCGGGAGAAAAGGUGGCAGCAGGGGAACAAGAAAAAGAGGUGGAACGGGAGGAACGAGAGGGCGACCUGGAGAAACACGGAGCAAAGGAGCUCACAGGAUCCACUCUAGAGUUGCAGCCCACUACUCUUUCCAGUGAGGAGGCUAUUUUGUUGCCUCAGGAAGAGCCAGGCCUGCCCGCAGAGAAGCCCCCCUCAGACCAGCUCACCCCCGUCUCUGUGCCCGGCCUGCCUGCUCCGCCCUCUGCAGCAAAGGAACGUGAAAGGCGUCUAAGAAGUCUGGAGUUGGAGGAUGUGGCUUCACCAGAGAAGAAGAAGAGGAAGAGGAGAAGGAGGCAGCUGAUCUUCUUUGACCCGGUGACGCAGCUCUCCCAGGACGAUGUGCAGCGACAGAUCGACGACCCUUUGACCGAGACGAGGCGACCACUCCUCGCCCCGCUUUCCUUUCAAAGGAUCCUUCCUGCUGCUGAUCUCUUCAACAAGCCCUGCACCUUCUUGCCUGAAGAGGUUCAGUUUCUAUGGAGACAGAGUGCAACCAUCACACCCCUCUCGGGCUCGGACCUGCAAGUUGGGGAGCGAGGCCCCGAAUCCACUGAUUCUGAAAGGGAGAGAGAGCGUGAGAUGCUCGAGGUUCCCGAAAGAGAGGUCCUCAGAGAAAUGGCAGAAUCAGAGAUGCUUGAUAUUUCAGCCCAGGGUGCACUGCCACUGGAGGGCAGUGACCAGAGAGAGGUGUCUCGAGAGAUCUCCCCCUUAUAUCUAUCCGAAGGGUCCACUCUCUCCAGGUCUAUUUCUACACUGAGGGACAUCCCAGAGGUGUCGGACGAGUUGCCUGGGAGAGUAGCCGCGGAGUCACCUCGGUUGCUGCCAGAAUUGGCCGAAGGUGAAGUAGAGCCUCUGCUUUUUCAGUCCCUCUUGCCGCCCGAGGUCAACCGCAAAACUGUCAGCAAUGUUUUUCAGCGGCUUCUGGCAUCUUUAUCUGCCAGGAAGCUGCGUGUGGAGCAGGAUGAGCCUUAUGGUGACAUCUUCAUAUUUCGUGGCUCCAACUAUGAAGAAAUACAUCUGCCUUUGUAACAUGGAAGCAGCGAAGCAGCGCUGAGCCUCCUGAUCGGACUCGUCCCGUCUUAAAGCCAGACUGGAAACUUCGUGUUCAACAGCAUCAUAAAUACAAAGUGGUGUUUUGUGAGAGAUCAUUUCAUGAGAAGGGUUUAAAAAGCAUUUUAUCGAGCUUUUAAUGCGAUUAAGUGUUGUUUUUAUAAUUGUUCCUUAGUGCUACCAGGUUUAUGAGAUUUCUGAUAAAUAUUUUAACAAUUUUUCUUGUUUUAUCUGCAAUCAAACAGAAGUGUUGCCGUUGUUGUUCUGUGCA